AUGUCCAGCAGCACCAAUGCCCCUGGCCAGAGGAGAGUGUCUCGGGGCUUGGAAGAUGCCACCAACAAGAAGAAGCAGAAGGAUCGAGCCAACCAGGAGAGCAAGGAAGUGUCUCGCCCUGAGCUCGAGCAGGCUGAGACUGCCCAGGAGAAGGACUCAGAGGAGGAACUGCUGCUGGACUGGAAGCAGAAUGCUGAUGAGAUCAUUGUCAAGCUGAACUUGGGCAGUGGAGCUCUGAAGGUGGAGGAUGUGGAUGCUGCUUUCACUGACACAGACUGUGUGGUCAAACUACCAGAUGGGCGCCAGUGGAGCUGUCAGUUCUAUGAGGAGAUUGAGAGCUCCUGCAGCAAGGUCCAGUGCAAGAAGGGCAACUUUCUACAGCUUGUGCUUCAGAAGAAGAUCCCACUGCAUACCUGGUCUUCGCUUCUGAAGAGAAGGAAAGAUGGAUCCAAAGAGCUGGCCAAAGGGGCCACAUGCUGGGAGAAUGGAAAGGAGAAGGCUGCUUCUGCAGAGCUGGCCCCUGAAGAGCUGAGGGCUGAAGGCACAGAGCCACCGAGGUCCCGUCGGGAGCCCUCCAACCCUAAGCGUGCUCCGGGAAGAAGUGAGGCCCUGGGAGGGAAGAGCCCAGCCAGCCCAGGGACACAGAGCGGCCCCAGCGCCAAGCGGGCAGUAUACCUCAAAGUAGCUCCUACUGAAGAGGAGCCAAAUGCCAGAGUCACUGGCAGCGUGGAGCCCAGCAAAGGGCACAGCGGGAGGGCAGGCAGCCGCCGCAAUGGCAGAACCAGCCAGGUUGACGGGCCUACAGCCCUCACGGACCUCACACCGCCACUGGAGAAGGCUGUGGUUUUGGCCAAGGAGACUGUUCCUGUGGAGAUGCCACCUCUCACUGCUACCACAGAGGUGUUCCCCCACCGUGUUGCCACCUGUGUGGAGAAGAGGGUCCUGCAGCCAGGCAGCCCUGCUGAGGUCUUGCGGGGCCGGGACUGCACACCUGUCCUGGGAGAGAGCUCUAAGGCUGUCCCAGUGGCCACCCCUCCCCUGGGCAGAGACAGUGAGAAGAGGGACUGGUCCAAGGAUGACGUGGCGCUGGAAGCAGCGGCUGAUGAGCCAGAGCCUUUUGUGAGCCUGACCUUUGUCAAGAAUGACUCAUAUGAGAAGGGCAACGACCUAGUGGUGGUGCACGUCUACGUGAAGGAGAUCCACAAGGAGACAUCCAAGGUGUUGUUCCGGGAGCAAGACUUCACGCUGGUGUUCCAGACAAGUGACACAAACUUCCUUCGUCUCCAUCCUGGCUGUGGGCCCCACACAGUGUUCCGGUGGCAGGUGAAGCUCAGGAACCUUAUUGAGCCAGACCAGUGCACGUACAACUUCACGGUGUCUCGCAUCGAUGUCUGCCUGAAGAAACGCCAGAGCCAGCGCUGGGGAGGGCUGGAGGCUCCAGCCACACGAGGUGCAGUGGGUGGUGCAAAGGUUGCCAUGCCUACAGGCCCUACCCCUCUGGAUAAGAACCCCCCGGGAAGUAACCAGCACCCCCUGUCCAGCAAGGAGGAGGCCCGAGCCAGCGACAAAGAGAAGCCGCGUGUGGAAGAUGGGGGUCUGGAUGGUGUAGCAGCUCGUACAGCACCAGAGCAUGUGGCAGUGAAGCAAGAGCCACACAUUCCCUCGCCCAAACCAACAUGCAUGGUGCCACCAAUGACACACAGCCCCGUGAGCACUGAGAGUGUGGAGGAUGAUGAGGAUGAGGAUGAGAAGAAGAAGGUGUGCCUGCCUGGCUUCACGGGGCUGGUGAACCUUGGCAACACCUGCUUCAUGAACAGCGUCAUCCAGUCCCUGUCAAACACCCGGGAGCUGCGUGACUACUUCCAUGAUAGGUCCUUUGAGUCGGAAAUCAACUACAACAACCCGCUGGGGACAGGGGGACGCCUGGCCAUUGGCUUUGCCAUGCUGCUGCGAGCGCUGUGGAAGGGCACACACCAUGCCUUCCAGCCCUCUAAACUAAAGGCAAUUGUGGCCAGCAAGGCCAGCCAGUUCACUGGCUAUGCCCAGCAUGAUGCUCAGGAGUUCAUGGCCUUCCUGCUUGAUGGCCUGCAUGAGGACCUCAACCGCAUCCAGAACAAGCCCUAUACAGAAACUGUUGACUCAGAUGGGAGGCCCGAUGAGGUGGUAGCUGAGGAAGCCUGGCAGCGACACAAGAUGAGGAACGACUCUUUCAUUGUGGACCUUUUUCAGGGCCAGUACAAAUCCAAGCUGGUGUGCCCAGUGUGUUCCAAGGUGUCCAUCACCUUUGAUCCCUUCCUGUACCUCCCCGUGCCCCUCCCACAGAAGCAGAAGGUGCUGACUGUCUACUACUUUGCAAAGGAGCCGCACAAGAAACCAAUUAAGUUCCUUGUGAGUAUCAUCAAGGAGAACUCCAGUGCCAUGGAGGUACUUGACUCAGUGGCCCACAGUGUGCGUGUGAAACCAGAGAACCUGCGUCUGGCAGAGGUGAUCAAGAAUCGCUUCCACCGUAUGUUCCUGCCGUCCAACUCACUGGACACGGUCACCCCCACGGACUUGCUGCUCUGCUUCGAGGUGCUGUCCCCAGAGCUGGCCAAGGAGCGGGUGGUGGAGUUGCAGGUCCAGCAGCGUCCGCAGGUGCCCAGUGGCCCAGUCGCCAAGUGUGCUGCCUGCCAGAAGAAGCAGCUGCCUGAGGAUGAGAAGCUCAGGCGCUGCACGAGGUGCUAUCGAGUCGGUUACUGCAAUGUGGCAUGUCAGAAAACACACUGGCCGGACCACAAGGCUUUGUGCCGCCCCGAGAACAUCGGUUUCCCCUUCCUCAUCAGCGUGCCAGAGUCCCGCCUCACCUAUGCCCGACUGGCCCAGCUGCUGGAGGGCUACGCAAGGUACUCGGUCAGCGUGUUCCACGUGUCCCAGCCUCCAUUCCAGCUGGGCCGGAUGUCACCAGAACAGGGGCUGCAGCCUCUGCUCCCGGACAAGCUGGAGCCCCUGGCCAAGAGCAGCUGUGCAGCAGCCACCUCUGCCCCCGAGCUGGGGGACGGGGACAGGGCGUCCAGCCUCCUGCAGGAGCCCCCGCUCUCGCCAGCUGUGCCUGAGCUGCACCCAGAGUUGGGGGACACCGGCACUGUCCGGAGCAAGGUCCUGGCAGCCAGGAGUUCCCUGCUGAGCUUGGAUUCGGGCUUCUCUGAGCACAUGGAGUCGCAGGGUGACAGCUGUUGCGAGAAGGAGCCGUCCUAUGAGAGAGCUCUCAAGCCAGAAGCUGCCAUCCCUGGGUACCAGCACACUCCAGACUCGCUGAGUGCCCGCGCCACGCAGUUCUACAUCAACAAGAUCGAUGCGGCCAACCGAGAGCACAAGCUGGAAGAUAAAGGUGACACCCCCCUGGAGCUGACAGAUGACUGCUCCCUUGCCCUGGUGUGGAAGAACAACGAGCGCCUCAAGGAGUUUGUGUUGGUGGAGUCGAAGGAGCUGGAGUGUGUGGAGGAUCCAGGUUCAGCGAGCGAAGCAGCUCGGGCUGGCCACUUCACCCUGGAGCAGUGCCUCAAUCUCUUCACCAAGCCCGAAGUCCUGGCCCCAGAGGAAGCGUGGUACUGCCCCAAGUGCAAGCAGCACCGCGAGGCCUCCAAGCAGCUGAUGCUAUGGCGCCUGCCCAACGUCCUCAUCAUCCAGCUCAAGCGCUUCUCCUUCCGCAGCUUUAUUUGGAGGGACAAGAUCAACGACAUGGUGGAUUUUCCUGUCCGGAGCCUGGACCUGAGCAAGUUCUGUAUCGGCCGGAAGGGUGAGCAGCAGCUGCCCAUGUACGACCUGUACGCUGUGAUCAAUCACUACGGAGGCAUGAUUGGGGGGCACUACACAGCAUACGCCCGCCUGCCCAAUGACAAGAACAGCCAGCGCAGCGACGUGGGCUGGCGGCUCUUCGACGACAGCACAGUCACCACCGUGGACGAGAGCCAGGUGGUAACCAGAUACGCGUAUGUCCUCUUCUACCGCCGGAGGAACUCUCCUGUGGAGAGACCCCUGCCAGGGCACCCCCCAGACCACAGAGCUGAGCGCACCCCCUCUGCCGAAGCCGCUGCUAGCCAGAUCCUGUUGGGAUCCCAAAAGCUGGGCUGUGAUUGGCUGCUGCCUGCCCGCCUCAUCACCUGGACCCACCAAUGCCAGAGCAUCGGCUCUGUCAGGAUCUGGCUGCCCACCCUGCGGCCCCACGAAGACCUUGCCUGGCUGCUGCCUGCGCUCCCUUCGGCAGAGCCUCCCGCCGGAGCCCGGCUGCACCCCACGCACUGGAGACCCCUGAAGAACCGCGGGGGCGGGCGCGACCGCGACGGUGCUGCAUGGGGAGGCGGGCUGGCUGGGCACGGGGCUGAGGAACUGGAGGCUGAAGAACAAGAGUUGCAGCUCGAGGCGCCCCAAAGGCCUGCAAGAAACUCCUGGAGGCCCCGUGGCCAGAAGCAGAGUCCGGGCACCCCCCAGCACCCAGAUGAAGGCUGCGUCAGAUACUUCGUCCUGGCCACCAUGGCCGCAAUUGUUGCGCUCUUCCUGAAUGUCUUCUACCCGCUCAUUUACCAGACCCGCUGGAGAUAG